AUGCCUGAAGCCCCGUAUACUCCCCUUUACGAGUCUGAGGAGGCCAAGCUACUCGCUGACCCAGAAGAACUACAGCCAGUCCGGUUUCAACAUGUGCUCGACCAGACGUCCACUCGGCGACAACUCCAACUGAAGCUUUUGCUUAUCGCAUCUCUUUUAUUCAACUUAAUCUGCGUUGGGCUUUUCUUUGCGUGGCGGGGGUCUCAGCGUGCAGCUCCAACUGGCGUCAUUUACUCUCCUGCCCAAUCCGCUAUCGAAUAUAAGCUAGUUCAGUUCACCAAGGGCUUUGACCUCGAUCGUCCGGGAGGCAUUCCAAUAUACGACGAAGAGCCUUCUGAUGAAGGAGAUGCAGCGUGGGAAGAGCUCUACGCCAGGCCCGAGAUCCGUGUGCCCAAGUCGGAAGCGAGGAAAAUGUACAAUGCGACGUUCCCAAUCGAGAACGAUCCAGGCUACUACUUCCUGUCCCUGGAGGUCUUCCACCAGCUUCACUGUCUGGACAAAAUUCGUCAUCAACUUAAUCCAGAACGAGGCUAUGAAAUGCUCCCCGCCGACCAUAUCCGCCACUGCUUCGGUGCUAUUCGACAGGCGCUUAUGUGCUAUGGUGAUGUGACACCGGUGGUGUUCCAAUGGUCAGAGGUCUUCAAGCAAGUUGUUCAGAGGGAUGAUAUUACGCAUGAGUGUCGUGAUUACAGUAAGAUCAGGGCGUGGGCAGACGAGCAUCAGAGGGUCGGGCCUGAACCUGACUUCACAGUGUAUGUCGAUCCAGACUUGGAUUGA